AUGGCAUCAACAAUUGUAAAACAUGUACAAAGCCCAAUAGCACUGAACCAGCGGUCGGCUGUGAUUCGAGAUGGAAUUCAGCCGCUAGAAUUCUUCGGACACUGGGAUGGUUUGGGAAGAGCGCACAUGGUCAACACUGGUUCGUCGGUUAUGAUAACCUUCAGCGAUCGGCCGUACCAACCGUUCAUCGUGGGAGGCGUCCUCGGCAACAAGUACAUCUUCGAGCAGUUGCACUUUCACUGGGGCAUCGGAGAUGGCUCCGGAUGCGAACACACGCUGGAGGGUAGCACGUAUUCUAUGGAAGCGCAUGCCGUGCAUUACAAUGCCAAAUACGGAAGCUUUGCGGAAGCAGCCGACAAGCCGGACGGAUUGGCCGUUUUGGGGUUUUUUGUGCAAGCCUACGGUGACAACGAUUGUCCGGCGUUUGAUAAGAUCGUCACCGGUUUGCAAUACACGCGACGUCCGAACGCACAAAGCGAAAUCGAUGCGGAUUGUCUUGCGUGGAUGGGAAUGCAGGAACUCAACCGGCUUUACUACAGCUAUAAGGGAUCGCUGACCACUCCGCCCUAUUUCGAAAGCGUUACUUGGCUUGUGUAUAAAACACCGAUCUAUGUGUCUGGCAGACAGCUGGAUUCGUUCCGACAGCUGCAGGCUUGUGCCGAGGAUCCGAACAAGAAGAUAGUGAAUAAUUUUCGGCCAGUGCAGGUGCCCUUGCGAGAACCGGAAUUGAUUUUCGUGCGAAACAAUCUGCCCUUCAGGUUAUCUAAGUUGUAG